GGGGCCAGGGGGUGACACGUCGGACGGCGGCGCCGCCAGCGGGAGCGGCAGCGGCAGCGGCAGCCGGAGCCGCCCCCGCCCCCGGUCCCGUCCCGGCCAUGCGGCUGUCGCUGGUGCUGUCGGUGCUGCGGCCCGCCGGGCCGGUGGCCAUCGGCGUCUCGCUGGGCUUCACCCUCAGCCUGCUCAGCGUCACCUGGGUGGAGGAGCCCUGCGGGCCGCCGCCGCGCCCCGCCGCCCGCCCGCGCCCCGACGGCGGCCCCGCGCCGCCCCCCGGCCCCGGCAACACCAACGGCAACGCGGCGCGCAGGCCCAACGCCGUGCCCGCCGGGCUGGGCGCCGACAGCUGGGAGCCCCGCGUCGUGCCCUACCGCCCGCCCAGCCCCGGCAGGGCCGCCAAGAAGGCCGUCAGGACCCGGUACAUCAGCACAGAACUGGGGAUGCGGCAGCGGCUCUUCGUGGGUGUGCUGACCUCCAAGAGCACGCUGAACACGCUGGGGGUGGCUGUCAACCGCACGCUGGCCCACCGCCUGGAGCGCCUGGUGUACUUCACAGGCACGCGGGGCCGCAAGGUGCCCCACGGCAUGACGGUGGUGACGCACAGUGAUGAGCGGCCCAUCUGGAACAUGUACCAGACCAUCAGGUACCUUCUGGACCACUAUGUGAACGACUUCGACUGGUUCUUCCUGGUGCAGGAUGAUACCUACACGGAGGCGCACCGCAUCAACCGCCUGGUCGCCCACCUGAGCAUCGACACCCACCUCUACCUGGGCCGUCCCGAGGAGUUCAUUGGCGGGGACACUGAGGGACGCUACUGCUACGGGGGGUUUGGCUACCUGCUGUCCCGCAGCCUCCUCCUGCUCCUGCAGCAGCACCUGGAGAGCUGCCGCAAUGACAUCCUCAGCGCCCGGCCUGACGAGUGGCUGGGCCGCUGCAUCAUCGACUACACAGCUGUCAACUGUGCCGAGGAGCACGAGGGCUUGCGUUACCACUAUUUUGAGCUGGGGAAGAAUGCGGACCCCGAGCGGGAGACCGACCUCCGUUUCCAGAGCGCCUUUACUGUCCACCCCGUGCUGGAUCCCCUCCAGAUGUACCGGCUGCACAAGUACUUCGCACAGGUGGAGCUCGAGAGGACCUACCAGGAGAUCCAGCAGCUCCAGCUGGAGAUCCAGAACGCCAGCAGCCUGUCUGCUGAUGGGGACCACGGUGCCACGUGGCCUGUUGGCAUCCCGCCCCCCUUCCAGCCCAAAACCCGCUUCGAGGUGCUGCGUUGGGACUACUUCACGGAGGAGCAGGUCUACGCCUGUGUGGAUGGCUCCCCCAAGUGCGAGCUGCGUGGCGUGGAUCUGGCGGACGUGGCCGACGUGGUGGCCAUGGCCAUGGAGGAGCUGAACCGCAAGUACCAGCCGGUGCUCCAUGUCCGCAAGCAGCAGCUGGUGAACGGGUACCGGCGCUUCGACCCCACGCGUGGCAUGGAGUACACGCUGGACCUCCAGGUGGAGGUGGUCACCCAGAAGGGGCACAGCCGCUCUGUCACCAAGCGCGUGCACCUGGUGCGGCCCCUCAGCGAGGUGGAGAUCAUCCCCAUGCCCUAUGUGACGGAGGCCAGCCGCAUCAAUGUCAUACUGCCGCUGACGGCCCACGACCGGGAUCACGCUGCCCGCUUUUUGGAGGCUUAUGCGGCGGCUGCCUUUGAGAGCAGCGAGAACGCGGUGCUCACCUUCCUCUUCAUCUAUGACCCUUUCGAGGCUCAGCAGGUCACCCAGAAUGACAUCUUUGCCCCUGUGAAGGCCCAGAUCACCGAGUAUGAGCGCAAGUAUGCAGAGGUGAAGAUCCCGUGGAUCAGUGUUAAGACAGACGCACCCUCCCAAAUCAAGGUCAUGGACAUCAUCUCCAAGAAGCAUCCUGUGGACACGCUUUUCUUUGUGGCCGGCGUGGGGACAGAGGUCACCGUCGACUUCUUGAAUCGGUGCCGAAUGAACACCAUCAACAACUGGCAGGUCUUCUUCCCCAUCCACUUCCAGGGCUACAACCCCGCCAUUGCUUACCACAACCAGGUGCCGCCUGCCACGCUGGACCUGCUGCGGGAUGCGGGGCGCUUCGACCGUGACGUCUUCCACGAAGCCUGCUUCUACAACGCUGACUACAUGGCAGCACGCACCCGCAUGGCGGGUGAUGUGCAGGAGAAUGAGGACAUCCUGGAGACCCUGGACAUCUACGACAUGUUCAUCAAGUACUCCAACCUCCACGUCUUCCGGGCUGUGGAGCCUGCCCUGCUGCAGCGCUACCGACACCAGGCCUGCAACCCCCGGCUCAGCGAGGAGAUCUACCACCGCUGCGUGCAGAGCAGCCUGGAGGGCGUAGGCUCUCGCUCCCAGCUGGCCAUGGUGCUUUUCGAGCAGGAGCAGGGGAACAGUACCUGAAUCCCAGAGCACGGAGGGGCUGGCCCUGCCCUGCCGUGCCUGCCUGCCCACCCCACCUCUUCUGCUGCCCAAAUCAGUCUUCCUCCUCCCAGUGGCCGCAGGGAUCGCCGGUGCCUGAGCUUGUGACUUGGCCCCCUGGGGCUGCCUGGGCCGGGGUCUGCCAGCCUGGGGUGCCCGGGUCCUUCUGGAGCAGCUGCAGCUGUGCAGACCCCGGGGCAAGGUGGGGUUGGAGUCACCGAGCUGUGAGAUGGAAUGCCCAGCUCCUCACCCCAGAGCUGCUGGCCACUGGCCCCAUCCCUCUGUCCUGGCCUCGCUGCCUAGUGGGGAGGCGAUGGCCUGCCCUGUCCCUUGCUGUCCCCCCUUGACCGGGGGCACACAGAGACCCAGCCCACCCCUGCUGCAGGGCUGUGACUGCCAUGGGUCUGAGGGUGAUCCCUCAUGGUUCCCCCAGUACCCUGGGACAGGGCUGUGCCCCUCACUCCUUUGGAGCAUCAGCCCGGCCAUGCAGGGAGGGCCAUGUCCCUGUGCCUGCCACAGGCUUGGACAGCGGGAUGGGGCACGUCCCACCCCAAAAGAGCAAUAAGGAGGUUGGUUUCAGGGUUUUGCCACUUGGCAGCGAGCCGGAGUGCUCCCAGAUGGUCGGGGUGGGGGGGACUUGGCCCCCAGGGCCAGUGGGCGCAGGGGGUGCCGGAGGGGAUCCUGCUGUAUUCACAUACCAUGAGCUGCUCCCCAUGGGAACCGUGACCCAGGCCGCUUUGGCCUUCGCAGUAUCGAUAGGACGUCGGAGGUCGCAGCCCUCAGACGAGAGCCUCCAGACAGAGGUGAGAGCCCUCCCCACCACGGGGCCACCCUCGGGGUUGGGGGACACGGUGCCCAGCGCUGGUGGGCACAGCAAAGGGUUUGGCUGCGCAUCUCCUAAGGAGAAAGCGACUGAGGAGCCGCUCUCUGCUCCUGGUUUGUAUUUAAUAGUGGGGGGGGUGGGGGUGCAUUUACACUAAUAAAACAGAGAGAUGAACCAGUGGGUCUAGCUAGUUCUUCCCUGGGGCACCUCUGGGUAUCCCGCUGGGGGUCUCUGUGGUGGUAGCUGCUGGCUGCUUGUACAAAAUCUGGCUGCAGCUGGCUGGACUGCUUUCUCGCAGAGAUGCUGCAGCAUCCUCUACCUGAGCUGGGAGACGACUGCCUCUCCUUAGUGAGGCCUGGGGGAGCCUAUCGGCUUAUGGACAGGCUGGCAGGCGCUAGGCCAAGCAGACGCUUGGAAAUACCAGCUUGAACCCCUGGGGGCUUGCAGCAGGAGUCCUGGACCUCCUCUGAUGCCUGCUGUCCCUGGGGCCAUCCUGCUGUCACUACCUGUUACCAGUCACUGGUAGUGCAGCAGGAUGCUGAGCCUCUUGCCAUGGGAAGCCCCAGGUGCUCGUGUGCAGUGUGCUGAGCUCUGGGCAAUGCCCUGUCUUUCCUGGUGCCAUAAAUUCAUGCUCCCACUGACAAGGUUUCCAGCCCUCCUCAGGCCUGGCUGCAGGUGGAAAAGCAGUGCAGUGAGCAGCUGGUGCAGCCAUGUCCACAUGUGCUGUCCCUAUAACAGCCUUCAUGGGCCGUACGUGGGUAAUGGGGAACUCCUGGCCCAUGUCAGAGCAGAGGUUGGGUGCCCAAGUGGGGUGAGCUCUGCCUUCCAGCAUCUGGGAUCAGCUCUGAAGGAAACUCCGGGACCAGAAACCAUAUCUGAGCACUGUGUUGAAUCAUUAGGGCUGAACCUGCCCUCUCUGCAUUGGUUUCACCCUUUUGGGGGCUGUUUUGCAUCUCAGGGCUUCUCAGCAUCUUGUGGUUUCCAGUUCUGGGUCAGGCGGAGCAGCAUACUCCCGCCCCGGACUGUUUCACCACCUACAGCUCCUAUUUGCAGUAUGAGAUAGCAGGGACUGUGUCCCCUGCCUGUGCUGUCUGCUCCAGGCAUGAUUUUCAUGGCUCUGCAUGCUCUUCCCACUAGCCCUUUGGUCAUCACGUUUUACUUGUUCACGAAACACAUGUAUCAAAGAGACAUCCCCAAGAAAAUUAGCUGAACCUACUUGCUGUAGUUAUCAAGGCUGUUAGUGCUCAGCGAAACUCGUGGAAAGCCCCUGGGCUGUGGCAUGCCUUCCCCAAAGAUACCUCAUUCAUAUAUUCCUGCUCCAGUCUUCAUAUCCACGGCGUAGGAGUGUAUCUGUUUAAAUAUAGUUUUAUUAUAUUACAGAUGAUAACUGUUAGCUUGCUCUGAGUAUUUCUGUUUUUGAUCUUCUCUCAGCACAUCCUUAAUUCCCUUUAAAUGUGAAUCUGGGACAGGGAGUGAGGUGGAUGCAGGUCCAUUACAGAUACAUUUCUCCUCUGAAAUGCAGACCUAGGAGUUGGUUGUGAUUAGGUGUUAAAUGAGUAUCCAAAUGGUAAUAAAGCAAACCGGCUUCAAAUCAA